AUAUGCUUUGUAUUUAAUACGAUAGCCCUUACCGAGUUGCCAAUGUCGAUGAUUGUAAGCGCCCCGACACGGACUUAAUAAGGGAGAGUCGACCACGAUUAUUAGACCAGACGGGGUGCUAGCUACUAUAUCAGCGUUAGAAGGCCGCAUACGGUCUUUAUAGUAUGCGCGGUGUAUGUCCAAUUCCUCGCGAAACAAAUCUUACCUGACGGGCAGCACCUUCACUUCAGAGCGCUUUCCAUAGGCUUACGGUGAAAACAGCAGCCUGGCGCCCUGCCUAUAUGACCAAGCCGCAACGACCUACCAGAUAAUGGUUUCAUGGCGCUACCUCGGACGCCUUCGCGACGACCGACAAUUAUUACUAGUACAUAUAACAUUAAUUACAGCGCUCAUAGCCGCGACUGGCGGGACCUUGGCUUCAGCUAGCGCUAACGACGACCCGUCGGCAUCAUGGACGGCCAACUUGGGUGUAGACCUUCCUGCGACCGCAAGCCGCAAACUCCUUCAAGCGGGCUCAGCACCACCAGCCCAGCCUGAGCCACCCGCGAGUCCGCCGCCACCCCCUUCCCCCAGCCCACCUCCGCCUCCUCAGCGGCCUCGGGGCGGCUUCACAUGCUUCACAACGGACGACGCCGACGAUGGCGGCCACUGCCAAGGCUACCAAUGCGGUUCCCUCUACAUCAAUAUCAUCAGAAAGGCAAUGCAGCUUGCCCCAGCCAACGCGUCAGGCAUCUUGGCCGUGGGAGGCUUCGCAACGCAGACGUCAGCACGGACGGCGCUUGAGGGCUGGGUGACGCUGGCGCUGGGGGCAUCCGCCGUCAGCAGCAUCCGCUACGUGCGGACGCCGGCUGAGCUGCUGGCGACGAACCUGCAGCGCUACAAGCUGCUAUACGUGCCGUCUAGCGUGUACCAGACAGAUGGCGGCAUCACGGAUGAGCUGCAUGCGGCACUCUUGUCAAUGAAGGCGAAGAUUGUUAACUUUGUGAAUAAUAACGGUGGUUCCAUGGUUGUCCUCACGCAAGCGGGUUUCGGAGCCGACAGCUGGGGCUUCCUGCCCAUGCCGCUGACAUUCACGGCUGACAGCUUUGAGGAUGUGAGCGUUACUAGCUACAUGGCCAUGAUCUCCCCGGACACAAAUGACUGGAAUGCGGACCACAUCUAUUGGCAUGGCUACUGGACGGGACCUGUGGGCUGGAGCGGCCUACAGGUGCUGGCGUACAGGGGCAACGAGUGCCCCGCGGCAGCUGGCCCCAACCAGGACUGCAAGGCAACAUUGCUGUGCGACAUCAGAACCGUGUUAACAGCGGAAAACUGCUACGACGGUGUUGACAACGACGGAGACGGAUUGACGGAUAACGAGGACCCGGAUUGCUGGCAGCCCGUAUACUCCCCGCUUCCACCCAACCCGCCACCGCUGCCACCGUCUCCGCCGAUUGCCCCGGCGAAGAAUGCGGACAGAUGGUGUGCGUUGUACAGCUCAGGCUCGCCUGCCUGCGUGCCUUCGCCCACAACGUGUCCUACUGUGGACGAAUACUACGGAAGGGGCAGCCCGAGCAUCUGCGCGAUACCAGGACCUAGCUUGGAUUGGCCGUACAGCAUGGCGUACCAAAACGAUGUGUGCGGCGGCGAAGCCGGCGUGCUGCGCGUCCCCUUACGGGCCCGCUACAACCCAACAUGGACGACAACCCCAGUCCUGGCAGACGCCUACAUCUACCGGACGUACAGCGCUGAUCCCACCAUAUCUCCCCUCUACAUCACCGUCGCCAUGCGACCCGCAAGCGUCAACGGCUCCCAGCUCUUCUACUCUCGACCGCACCCGCUCCUAACGCCAAGCGGUACUGGAGAAGACCUGUUUCUGGGGAUCAGCAGCGCGGUUUAUGUUUGGACGAACGUGAGGAAUGUGUCAUACACGCAGUACGUCAAUCCCAUGACGUACGAUGGUAUCUACAGCUGCUUCACGUACGUGCUAAACCUAAAGCGAAUUUGCAACCCAGCGCUUUCGGACAUGAACCCUGCGGACCGGGGCAUGAACGAACGCUGUACCUGCCGGCCCGGUGUAGCUUCCUGCCCACCCGUGGACAUUUCCUCCGCACGUGACCUCUUCAUCGUCCUCAACGUCAAUGGCGUCGCCUACAACGCCUACAGCAUCCAGGUUCCAAUCCCAACCUGCGCCUUGUCGAGAAGCCCGGAAGACGCGGUCCAAACCGUGCUUCUAGCAAACCUCAACGGGCCAGCCGUCCUCUCCCAGUUCUCCCUCGAUCCCCGGGCUUGUACUGCCCGCCCGCCGUUCCCACCGACACCUCCCUCCCCACCCACACCUCUUUUCCCCCCACCCCGGCCCGUGAGUAAGCCGCCGUCACCGGCGCCUCCUCCCUCUCCAAGGCCACCCCCUGACUACUCUAUAUCAGCCAUCAUCACAAUAAGAAGCUACGACCCUAUACGCACGUUUGGUGAUGCGGACUGCACAGCUGGGACGCAAGCAGCCGCACCCUACCUUCGGGGCCGUACUGCGGGUGAUGCAACAUGUGACAAGAAGAUAACCACCGGUGUGGCAGGUGGCCAGAGCGAUUACAUCGAAAUUAAGUGGGUGUACUAUUUUGUCAGUACAGCGAACCUGAGGUACUUCUUCGACUCCAUCAAUAAUGAGGAGUUCUGGCGCACCAUGUUCGCGGCGUUGAAGCCGGGGUGUGGAGCGGUGGGGAAUUACACGGACAACACCUUCAGCGGGAAUGGCGUCGUGCCGCCCGUGCCGCUAAGCCAGCAGGACGCAUCCACGCCGCAGCCCUUCUGCGUGGCUGGCUAUCUAGACGCUGAAGACGAGUGCUGGUUCUCCAUGGCGGACUUGCUGUGCUUCCAACCUCCCGCCGAUCAGCCGCCGCCACCGUCCACCCCGACUCCCAGCAGCAGCCCGUACGGUGCAGUUGUGUCGGUGGUCACGGAGUCCGGAGUGACUCCGUUUGCGAAUGAUACUUGCGAUAAAGUGUGGCUGGCACUGGCCUACAUCUCCCUGACCGCUUAUAGGCCCACAAUCGGAAUCACCGACUGUCAUCUCAACAACGCCGCAAACAGCACCAACGGCAACAGCACCAACUACUACCUUAACGUGCGAAUCGGCUUUCUUACCCCACCCGAAUCCAAGAUCUUUGCGCCCAUCCUCCAAGCCCUCUUCAGCGAGUACACCGUCAAAACUGCCCUGCCCUGCAAUUCCACCACAAUGAUCACGGACGAGCCCAGCGGCAUGCAAUUCUCACUGGCAUGCCCGGAGGUGGGAGCACUGUGCUGCACGCCAGCACCCAAACCUCCAUCACCACCACAGCCGCCGUCACCUAAGCCGCCAUCACCACCGCCCCGGCCACCCAAGUCGCCGCCGCCCCGACCCCCAUCGCCACCGCCGCCGCCACGAAAGUCACCACCUCCAAAGCCCUCGCCGUCACCGCCACCAGCAGCAGCAACCAAGCGGAAACCGCCGCCGCGGCGUCCGCCACCGCCGCCGCCGCUCCCGCCGCCACCGUCGCCGCCGCCCCCAUACGCACCCCAAGCACCCAUGAUCCCAAGCACCAACAACAACGGCGGCGUCCUGUUAAACCAAAAGAGAGUCUUCGUGGUCAACCUUCCAGCACUGUUGGAUGGCCAGGACGUCACCGCAGACCUGCUGCCUGCCCUCUGCAACAACCUGCGAGAGGGCUUGCGUACGGUCUUCUUAUCAUACGGAUGGCAGCAAGACAGCACUGGAUUUGACCUGCCGCUCGUUACGGGGACGUCAUCGGGGUCGCAAAUUAUGCUGUGUCCUUGGAGGGUUAUUCCAGGCGGUAAGCUGCAGCUUAACGUCACGGUUCAGACCACGGUUGAAAAGGCAAAGCUGCUGGUGGCUACGUUGACGGAUGAGGCGAGCUUUGAGGGACUUGUGAGCGCCGCUCGGGUGUUGUGCGGCUCAAAGGUAAUGAUCGUGAAGCCAAGUACGCAAGAGUUGUUGCUGACGGUCAGCAAGGACACGGUUCCGAACGCAUUAGGACUAGCCGCGUCAUCGGUUUGCGUGCAUUCCUUCAGCGCCAUACGGA